CUGACAGCUGCUCUGAUUGGCCGAAACUUUGCUGCCUUCUGCAUAAAACCACAUCUCGUCCACCACCUCCUCCUCCUCAUGAUCAUCAUGGCCUUCCUGUGGAUCCUCUCUUGCCUCGCUUUUGUGGGUGCCGCCUAUGGCUGUGGCAGCCCUGCCAUCCCACCCCAGGUGUCUGGCUACGCCCGCAUCGUCAACGGUGAGGAGGCGGUGCCUCACUCAUGGCCUUGGCAGGUGUCUCUACAGCAAUCCAAUGGUUUCCACUUUUGCGGAGGGUCUCUGAUCAGUGAAAACUGGGUGGUGACAGCGGCUCACUGUAACGUCAGGACCUACCAUCGUGUAAUCGCUGGAGAACACGAUAAAGGCUUCGGCUCUGUUGAGGACGUCCAGGUCCUAAAACCUGCCCAGGUGUUCACCCACCCUGGAUGGAACUCUGCCACUAUCAACAAUGACAUUGCCCUCAUCAAGCUGGCUAGCCCCGCCCGCCUGGGACAAAAUGUGUCCCCCGUCUGUCUGCCCGAGUCCAGUGAUUUCUUCCAACCUGGCAUGACCUGCGUGACCUCUGGCUGGGGUCUUACCCGCUACAACGCUCCCAGUACUCCCAACAAGCUGCAACAGGCUGCUCUGCCCCUGCUCUCCAAUGAGGACUGCAAGCGCCACUGGGGCAGCAGCAUCUCUGACAUCAUGAUUUGUGCUGGAGGAGCUGGAGCCACUUCCUGCAUGGGCGACUCUGGUGGUCCUCUGGUCUGUGAGAAGGACAAUGUGUGGACUCUGGUGGGUAUUGUGUCCUGGGGAAGCAGCCGCUGUUCCACCACCACUCCUGCUGUCUAUGCCCGCGUCACCGAGCUGAGAGGAUGGGUGGAUCAGAUCCUUGCCUCUAACUGAGUGGUUAGAGGUGUGCGGUGAAGCGCAGCCUAAAUAAAACUGUAUGACUGUU